UGUGUGUGUGUCUGUGUCUGUGUGUGUGUCUGUGUGUGCGUGUGUCUGUGUGUGCAUGUGAGCGUGCGUGCGUGCGUUUGUUUCCACUGCAUAUCCAAAAACUACUCAAAAGGAUGUUUAUGUCAGAUAUUUAUCCAGUGCUGAAUAUCUAAGCAAUAUAGCGACUGAACUUCUAAUUUAAUAUGACAGGUGACGAUGAUCCAUAUGCUCUCUACUUAAGGCCGAGUGCGCACUUCUUGCAGCAUUAAAUACAAACCCUGAUUCCUGCCUGAACUAAUCCUUAAGCUACACCCUACCGUUAUUGCAUCACUGGACUACGCAUUCACAGAAGAUUACGUGUCGCUUGCCAGCAUAGAGACCAAAAGGAAUGCAUAGAUCGCCUUAUUGACACAGAUCAGCGAAGGCUAUACCGGAGCCUUUUCACGAAGUAUGUCCUUUCGUGAAGGAUCCACUUGCUACAUACGGAACAAGUGUCACUUGUUCGCUGUCAGAGGGGGACAUCGCUGAUUAUGCUGAAGGUCGACAAUAGGCAAAUGCGCAGUGUUUGCCGUAUUCCUCAGAGGUGUCAGAUUUGUUAUUCGUGGAACGAUACAAACAAAAUUGAAAGAGAAUUGAUAAGGCUGCAUCGUGACCAAGAGCAUCAUCGUCAUAGCGGAUAAGUAUAAUCACUGAUGCGUAGAUAGGCCGAUUGCAAUAGUUGCGUGGUUUGAAAACAAGCUGUUGCUGAAGCUGGUGACGAUUGAUUGUUUCACCUGCAUGAUACCUUAUUUAAUUUAGUAAAUUUGUCAUGGUAUUGUUGUCUACUUGAAUUAGGUAUUGUCUCCUGUUUUAGUAGUGCCUCAACGCACACCGGAAGUGGUGGCCACGGAAAAGUCCAUCGAUACGAAAAUCUAUUUUCGUCUAGUGAUGACAGUUAGCAGAACUUCCUCGAUAGCCGCCAUUUUGUUCUCAUAAAUGACUCUUUCAGACGCCCAUCCCAUUCAGGAAAUUAAAGUAACUUUAAAUCGAAUCGGUGUUACUCAAUCAAACAGAACUGUCCUUUUGUAUAUAGACCAGCUCUAUCGUGUGUCAAUUGAACAUGGACCUGUUUUCAUAGAAAGACUUCGAGUAUCUUUUAAAUUGCUUUUAUCAGCGUUACAAGCUGUUACACACAUUGGAGAAGAUGUGGCGUCAGUGAAAUCUAUAAUAGUCAUUGUUUCGCAUUGAAGCUGAUUGUUGCGACGCUGGCUAUCUCGUGCCUAAGCAUUACCGUGGUAAUGGACAACAUUAAUCAGCUGUCGAGAAGUUCGAGGCAUUCCCUGCAAAAGCGAAUCCUUCAAGCUAGCAGGGCUUGCCGAUAAGCGAAUAACUCUUGCAUAACGUUUUAAUGUUUAAAAUUGACAAGUAAACACCCUAAAAUAACGUAGUGUUUUUCCGCGCUCACGUCCGGUUGUAAGAAAUCCCUUCUUCAAAAACCUGUCUGUGUAGAAUAGACACAGAGUUCCUAAGUGCUUGACAAGAUGGCUGAAGUCAAACAGAAUUUGGUCGAUGCGCAGAAGGUAGAAGAGAGUCCAUAUGGUGGAGGUGAAACCUCUAUUAAGAAGGCCUUAAAAACGGGAGCAAAUUUGGAAGCGCGAACUGUAACCAUCGAUGCAUCUCAAGUGGAGGAGGUACUUCCAGAAGUGGGUGACCACAUGAUCGACAUUGACAGAACAAAACUUCGUCCAGUUGAAGGACGCGCACCCACACCGAUUCCAAGUGAGGAAGAAUGGAGCGUUAUGCGAAAGGAAAUUCAGCAGUUGGCUGCAGGUGGGGGCGAAAGGCAAGAAGACGAACAGGAAACACCUAAACAGAUCUCCUUGGCCUUUGUUGUCACCGUACCAGAGGUCGAAAGUGAGCCUUCUGAUAAUAAAAAAGAUGAUGAAGACUCAUUCAAGAUAGGCCUUUAGUGAGCGUAACAGAGAGCAACAGCUGAUGAUUAUAUGAGAAGCAAUGCAUUGACAGAAGUGAUGUUGACACGCGCCUAAUAAUGAGCUGAUGGAUUUUGUUUGAUGAGAAAGUUUGUUAGCAUGAUUUAAGCGUAGCCGUUGUCAAACUAUACAAUAUAAUUAUUCCUUGAAACUUUUAUUACAAUGUUCUGUUCUAUAUACGUAUAUAUAUAUAUAUAUAUAUAUAUAUAUAUAUAUAUAUAUAUAUAUAUAUAUAUAUAUAUAACAUUGUUAACCUGGCUUCUAAGAACUAACAUUUCGGAUGAACAGUGUUUCGCUCACAGUAGAUGAUCUCGGUAUGGAAAAAACGUAGCCCUAGUUAGUCGAUCUGUGUAUAUCGAGUCAACAGCAUAGAGUCGAUUGGCUGUCUGGUAAAUUAGUAGUACUCUUCACCUUACUUAGAGCAAU